GCCGAAAGUCCGUUUGAGAAGCCCCACCAAAAAUAUGGAGGACCUAGCAAGCAAAACGACUUGUCAGUUAAGUACUCCAAAUUAUUUUGUUAAUUGUUUAAAAAUAUUUUCGAUACCUCUAUAAAAUUUCAUGUAUAUAGCCAAAAGAUGAAUUUUUUCAAUAAAACCUCGCCGUUGCUGAACCGCAAAUGUCUGCAGAAUAAGAUACAGGAACUGGCCCCGUUCCUCAAGACGCUGGAAUGGGGCUACAGCAGGGACUCUCUGUUCCGGGCCUCAUGGAGCUACUAUGCUGGCGAUUGCCGGGAGCGACUGUCGAACAUUCGCAGGAACGUCCAGCAAAACGCUAGACUACUAGCUUCAAAGGGCCACCGGAACGGCUUUCAAGUGUCCUCCGAUCCAUUGUAUCAUUUGCCUUCUGAUUUGCAAAUGGAAGAGUACAUUUUCCAAGAGCUUAUGACGUGCUUUAGAGAACCCGGUUGGAAAGAUUUGACAAAAAAAUCACCUUUUAAAAUUCAAAAAACGAAAAAAAAUGUUGGGCCUACUCCGGAGAAGUGGUUUGCUUGGAAUCAGGAGAUCCAAGAUUUAAAGAAGAAGAUUAUAGAUUCAUCAAAUCCUUAUGAAAUGGAGGAACUCAGAAGACGGUUGUCGCAGCUUUAUAAACUGGUCCAACGACCUAUAAUGGUGGCACCUCCUAUCCAAAGGGAUUCCAUAGAGAACAAAGCGAAAAAAAGUAAGAAAAAAGUGAGGCAAAAAAAGGUAAGGCUGUCACCCAAUCCUCAAAAACUGCCCAAGGACCCCACUAUUUCCGGAAAGAAUGAUCUAGGUCCAAAACAAAAAGAGUUUAGUAUUGAUAAACCCAUUAAUCCGGAUGAAUGGGCAUCACCCAAUUUCAGUGAUGAGGUCCUGCAAAUGCAGAAGGAACUCUUAGAAGAAGACAACCGAAAAAUGAAAAAUGAACAAUUAGUAAAAAGUUCCAGCUACUUUGAACCAAAAGCUUUGAACCAAACUGAUCCCAACAAGGUAACCGAGUUGACAGACAUAAUGAAGGCAAGGGAUAAGUUCUUCAAGUCGGAAUAUUCAACCGAGGAGCAAGAUGAUGAUGUUGUUCCUUUAAAAGACAAAACUUUAAAAGAAAAAAAGGAUUCUUUACCAGAGGAUGCAAAAAAUAAAAUAAAUUCUGCAAUAAUAUCAUAUCAUAGUCUGGCACAAAUUACCGAGAAUACAUCAGAAGAACCCUCACUUUAUAGUGACCCCUCUAAAGGGGGUACUUCAGAAAGGAUCAAAUUUCGAAGGCGAAGAGACGAAUCAAAGCAGGACCAUACUUCAAGUAAAGCCAAAAAGAAAAAGAAUAUGAAGAACAAGCUCGAAUCAGUAUCGGACACUUCCAACAUCAAAAAGCCUACAUCACAUAGUUCUCGUUUUCCAUAUUUUGAACCAGUGCAUAUUUUACCAAAGAGGUCCAAGCAAUUAAGCGCCAAAUCAAGUGCCGCCUCGAAAGUGGCAAAAAUGGAAUCUAAACUAUGGAAGCCGCGAAUGGAAAAAGAUCUUCAAAGCCGGGCAUCUUCAACGGCUGGGCAAAAGAUAUCCGAUAGGCCUAUAGAACAUGCUCCCCGGGGGCGUUUUUCCAUCUACUCAGAUGUGAGAAUGCCAUUUCGAAGGGCCAGGUCCGAGGAUAAUCUAAAAACAGGCCAAGCCGCCAGUUGGUCUAAUUUGCAAAAACGUAAACUAUCUAAACAUAAACGGAAAGAACAUAAAAAGAAAGAGCCAGAACAGAAGCAGGAUAUUCACAAAUUGAAGCACGAAAGAGGUGAGCAGUGGAUGCUACCAGAGGAAUCCUGGAUUUCCUGGAGGAGACACAUGUCCCUCCCUGAGGUAAGGCCAAAGGAAGCUUCCAUAUCCAUGGAAUAUAACCCACGGCAGAGUGAAGAUGCGUCCUAUAUGCGUAUUGCGGACUCGUUCCUCAGCAGCUCCUUUCCCAACAUGACCGUAUACAAGUGGGUUGAGGACAAAAACCAAAAAACGGUUCAGAAAAUCAGUAUUCCGACCACACCCAAGCAUGGUUGGCCAAUAUCUCCUGAAGAUCAUCCUACCUACACUAUUCCGUAUGUUCGAAAAGAUUCAAGUCUUUCCUUCGAAGAACUAAUAACGCCUCAAUCAACAAUCGAUAAAGAACCGUCGCGGGAAAAAAUUGAAAAUGUGAUUGAGAAAACAGACCAAAACGAUAAUAAAUCCUUGUCAUUCGAUCCGUCGGAAGUGGAUUUUGAGAGGUUUAGCUACUCUAUGGAUUUUACCUUUCGCACCGAAUCACCAUCCCAAUCAAGAAACUCCAUCUCGUCAAUUACAAAUGCAAACUUCCGUCGAUCAGGUUACUCGAAACCCAUUAAUAUAGACGAAGUUACAAAAGAGUUUAUGAAAAAAUAUUCCUUGAACAUUUUGUUGGAUGAAUCCAUAAACAAAAUUUUCAAGCCAAAUGAGCUGGACUAUUCAUCUGUUACCACGGAACGGAGUAGGAUGAAUUUGGUAGUACCGCCUAAGAGGGGCAUAGUAGCCCAAGCACCUCCUCAGAUACCACUUCGUAAGUUCAAGAUGAAGAGAACAAAGAAAAAGAAACAUGAACCAGUAGAGAUUCCUCAGAAGACCACUUGUUCGCUUUGCCAAAUUCUAAAGAAGAAAACAUCGGAACUGCGUCCUUAUAUGCAGAAGAUGAUAGCUCAACGCCAGCAAUUGGAAUUGAGGACCCAUUAUACCCAGAUGCUGUUGAACUAUCACCGCCAGAAUCAGUCAGAGGCUCAGCGUCAGAAGAAGGUCUGCACCCGGGAGGUCCUGACGAGUUGUUUCCAGACCCUGCUCCUGUGCGAAAAUAUCCUGGCGCAUGAGACGCAUUUGUUGAAACUUAAAUCUUAA